AUUAAAUGCGGAGAUGGAUGCAGUUGGAUCCUUUUAUCAGAAAUGCUGCUUAGAUUCACAUAGCUUAUUACAAACUCCAUAACCAAUAUAGUGUUGGUCCCAAACUAUGUUGCUGCUGCUUUGUUCUCUAGUAUUUCCUCCCUUGAUCCUAGUUCUCUUACUUAAAAUCCGUGCAAGUACAAGAAAUGGGGUUCUUCCACCUGGUCCCCCAAGGUUCCCCAUCAUUGGAAACUUGCACCAACUCAGCAAUUCCACUCUUCAUUGCACCCUGCAACAACUAUCAAGAAGAUAUGGUCCGCUGGUGUAUUUGCAGCUGGGUGGAGUACCAGCAGUGGUGGUUUCUUCAGCAGAAAUGGCCAAGGAGAUCUUAAAAAUUCUUGACCUUGAGUCCUCUGGUAGGCCUUUUCAUGCUAAUGUGUACAAAGUAACUUACAAGAAAUCAGACAUGGUUUUUUCAUCCUAUGGUGAGUACUGGAGAGAGAGAAGGAAGAUUUGCAUUAUUGCUCUCUUCUGCACCAAGAGCGUGCAAUCCUUUCGAUUCAUAAGGGAGGAUGAGAUUUCCAUAUUGCUUAAGUCAAUUUCCAAAUUUGCUUCUGCUUCAAAUCCAGUUAAUCUGAGUGAAAUGAUAUUUUCUACUGCAAACAACAUAAUUUGUAGGAUUGCUUUCGGUAAGAGUUUUCCUCAUGAAUCAAGUGAAGGAAGUGCUUUCUAUGAAAUGCUCGAUGAGCGUCAUGCUUUGGCAGGUAGAUUUGCCUUUGCUAAUUAUUUUCCAUCUGUGGGUUGGAUGCUUGAUGCUCUGACUGGAUUAAAUGCAAAGCUUGAGAGAGACUUCCAACGAUUUGACUCAUUCCACAAACAAAUCAUCGAAGAUCACCUUGAUCCCAAGAGGACAAAGCCUGAGAAAGAAGAUAUUGUCGAUACUCUGCUUCGGAUGCAAAAGGAUAAAACAAGCACAAUUGACUUCACUCUAGACACUAUCAAGGCAAUUCUCAUGGAUAUUUUGAUCGCUGGAGCAGACACUACUACAUCAACCUUGGUCUGGGCGAUGACACUACUAGCUAAGAAUCCUACAGUGAUGAAGAAAGCACAGAACGAAGUAAGAAGCCUCAUAGGAAAUAAAGGAAAGAUAACAGAGGACGAUCUUCACCAAUUCCAUUACCUCAAGUGUGUCAUAAAAGAGACGCUAAGACUACAACCUCCAGCUCCAUUAUUGGUUCCGCGAGAAACCAUGAAACACUGCAUAAUUGAUGGCUACCACAUUUAUCCCAAGACCCAGCUCUUGGUGAAUGCAUGGACUAUUGGAAGGGAUCCUGAAUAUUGGGAGAACCCAGAAGAAUUCAUACCAGAAAGGUUCACCAAAAGCUCUAUCGAUUUCAGAGGACAACACUUCGAGUUUAUACCAUUUGGGUCCGGUCGAAGAAUUUGUCCAGGAAUGCAACUUGGAGUGGUGAUUGUGGAGCUUAUACUUGCAAAUCUUCUCUAUUCAUUUAACUGGGAACUGCCUGAGGGGAUCAAGGAAGAAGAUAUUGACAUGGAGGCGUUAUUCGCUAUUAUAAUGCACAAGAAAAAUAAUCUUCACCUUGUGGCAACAAAGUGUAAUGAUCAUCACUAGUGAUCAUUCAUUAGUUGUUGUUUAUGAUGGUGCUGCAGAUCCAUACAUGGAUCUAUGAUCUCUAUCACAAUAAUGAAACAGAAAGUAAAGGUAUUCAAGAAUCAAUAUAUGGAGCCCAUAUGUAGGAUGAGUACAUUAGUCCACUCCCAUUUGACUGCAAUUGGUGUUUUAUGUAAUAACUAAAAAAAGAGAGACUUGAUGAGUACAUUAGUGAGCAUAACAUAUGUAAUAAUAAUAAUAAUAAUCAUCAUCAUCAAAUGAAGUUUAUUAGAGGUAUGUCUUAGAUCUA